AUGGCCAAUCGCACUUUUGACAAGUUCUUUGACCUCCCCGUCGAGAUCCGAGACCAAAUCAUCUCGUACCUCUGCCUGCUCCCGAACCCGAUCCAAAUCGGCCCCACCGAGACCUCGGAGAUCCCCUUCCCGCACGACCUGCUGCUCUCCCACCCGUUUCUCUACGCCGCCGGCUCCGCCGUCUUCUACGAGCAGAACCGCUUCGUCCUCAACCUCCAGACCGGGGCCCGUGCCGCCGUCGAGCGCGCCAUCUGCGACGGCAGCGUGCCAUGGCUCCUGGGCAAUGUCCGGGCCCGCCGUCGCCUCCGGCACCUCGAGCUCUCGCCGGGCCGCCUGGGCAACGUCUUCCAGACCCACGUCUCGCCGGCCGUGGCGGAUAUGAUCCUCAACGGCGCCCUGCGCCACCUGAGGCUCGUGCUGUACCCGACGAGCGCCGACAAGGUGGUCUUCAACCAGGCCGCCGCCGACGCUCAGUCGAGGAGGGCCGCCAUCACGCGGCGCGACGACGCCUUUGCCCAUUCCCAGCCGUUCAAGGCGCUGUUGCGGUUGCUGGCUGAUCCCGACCUAGAGACAGCCGAGCUUUACGUCGACCCCAUCCACCGCGACUUUUGGUGUGAGUUCCACGAGGGCGUGGCGUGUUGCAAGGGGCAUCGGAAGGGGCCCUGGCAGCUCAUACCCAUCGACUGGAGGAGGCUGGCUGCCACUUACGCUCAGGAUCAUGAGCUCAGUAUUGUCCGGGUGGGCUGCUGA